AUGUUCGCCGCCUACUACAACCACGUUGCCAUUGUCUCCCUCCUGCUGGACUGGGGCGCCGACGUGACUGCUGUGAAUGCUGAUGGCUGGAAUGCCCUUCAAUUUGCGGUGCGUCGCUACUCCCGCGCUAGUCAACGCGUCAUUGAAAAGCACAUCGUUAGUCUGCUGCAAAACAAGCCGGAGAACCUUUGUCUCUCCACCGGCGUCGGUCGGUAG